AUGAUAUUGUGUGAUACAGUGAAAAUGAAAGAUUAUAGUGAAGAUCCUGAAAUGUUACUAGAUUUAAUGCAUCGUAUAGCGAAUUGUUAUCAAAACAGUCCUGAUUUAAGACUAACAUGGUUACAAAAUAUGGCACAAAAUCAUUUACAGCGUUCAAAUUAUGCUGAAGCUGGCCAAUGUUUGGCUCAUGCUGCUGGUUUGGUAGCUGAAUAUUUAAAAAUGCUCGAAUGUAAACAAUAUAUGCCUGAUGGAUGUUGUGCACUACAAAAAAUUUCCAUUAAUAUCUUGGAAGAGAGUGCAGUAUCAGAUGAUGUAGUCUCACCUGGCGAAGAAGGCAUAUGUACAGGAAAAUAUUUUACUGAAAAUGGAUUUAUUGGACUAAUGGAACAAGCAGCUGUUUUUCUUAUGCAUGCAAAUAUGUAUGAAGCAGUAAAUGAAGUUUAUAAAGUUCUAAUACCCAUUUAUGAAUCUUGUCGUGAUUUCAAGAAAUUAUCACAAGUUCAUAGUAAAUUACAUGAAUAUUUUAAUCGUAUACUUGUACAGGGUAAUAAACGUUUAUUCGCCACAUACUUUCGUGUCGGCUUCUAUGGUACUCGUUUUGAUGAAUUAGAUGGAGAAGAAUUUAUUUAUAAAGAACCGGGUAUUACAAAGUUAGCAGAAAUUGCACAUCGUUUAGAAUCAUUUUAUAUUGAAAAAUUUGGCCGCAAUUUUGUUGAAAUAAUUAAAGAUUCAAAUGUUGUUAAUCGUUCAAGUUUAGAUUUAUCAAAUAAAUUUACAUCUCAUAUAUUUUUAUGA